AUGGCAGCCUCCCAACGUCCCACUCCCGGACCGGGCCAGGGCGUCACAUCGACAGGCAAGGGCGGCAACAACCAUGCGAUAUCGAUAGCGGAACACUCGCGCGCUGCCGGCAUCGGCGCCGAGACCAUCGACGACUUUCUCGAUCGACAGCCGCGUUCGGUGCUCAUCCGGCUCUACGAAAAGCCUGCGUCGUGCCUCGCCAUCUUCCGGCUGCUGCCCAUGCUCGCGCGCCAGCUCAUCAUGCACAUGCUCUUUCUUCAUGCGCCCCUCGCCGCCGACGACUUCCUCGCCUGGCUCAGAAAGGACGUGCGCAACGAGUUCGACGUCGCCGUCGCCAAGCUCGCCCGCCUCUCGAUCGUCCAGCUCAAGCCGGCGAGCGCAAAGCAGAUCCUGCUGCUCAACGCCGUAUUUACGGAAGGCAUGCGAAGAGCACUCACGGGAGGAGGCAGUCAUCGCUCGUUUGGCGUGCCGUGCGAUACCGAGGAUAAGAACGCCGUCGACAUCGCCUUUCUCGACGACUAUGCGCGCACAAAGUGGGAGACCAUCCUCCACUACAUGGUCGGCAGCGACAAGUCGAGCACGCCGCGCGAACCCGUGCUGUAUCUGCUGCGUCGGAGCAACCUGAUGCAGUCGCGCUCCGCCGCGGCCACCGCAUCGCUCAACAUCACCAGCCGCGGCUUCCAAUUCCUCUUGGAGGACGUCAACACGCAGCUCUGGCAUCUGCUCCUCCAGUACCUCGACAUGGCCGAGGAGCGCAACAUGGAUCUGGUCGAGGUGCUCGCCUUCCUCUUUAUGCUCGGCAGUCUCGAGCUCGGACGCGACUACUCCACCGAGGAGCUGCCCGAGACGCAGCUCCACAUGCUCGAGGACUUUCGUGACUACGGGCUCGUGUACCAGCGCAAGGCGUCCAGCCGCCGCUUCUACCCCACCCGCCUCGCCACCACCCUCACCUCGUCCGCCGCCGCUCCCCUCCUCUCCACCAACGGCUCCGAACCCGAGGAGCGCGGCUACAUCAUCCUCGAGACCAACUAUCGCCUCUACGCCUACACCUCCAACCCGCUCCGCGUCGCCGUCCUCUCGCUCUUUGUCACCAUCAAGGCGCGCUUCCCCAACCUCCUCGUCGGCUCCAUCACACGCGACUCGGUCAAGUCGGCGCUCGCCAACGGCAUCACCGCAGAGCAGAUCAUCACCUACCUCACCCACCACGCCCACCUCCAGAUGCACCGCAACGAUCCCCUCCUCCCCGUCACCGUCUCGGACCAGAUUCGACUCUGGGAGCGCGAAAAGAACCGCGUCCAGCAGAACCUCGGCUCGCUCUUCACCGACUUCACCAGCCAGUCCGACUUUGCAGAGGUGCGCAACUACGCCAGCCAGCUCGGCGUCCUCGUAUGGCACGACGAGCCAAAACGUCGUCUGUUUGUCGACGAGGCCGGCAACGAGCCGGGUGAGCAGGACUCGCGCGAGGCUUUGCGCGAUUGGCACGGCAAACGUCGAUAUUUCGGCCUGUUAGAUGUCUUGGCUCGGCGCGCGCGAGGAAUUCGCCGAGCCUGGGGCGGCGGUGGCAUUCAUGCAGCCAUGCAGGCGAGGGUGGAAGCGCAGCUCGCCUCGGCCCACACGCCGCUGGAUUCGGUCAAUGCGCUCGGCCUCGCUGUCAAUGCGUUCGAAAGCCUCGCACACUCUCUCUCUACUCCCCUCCACACCACCAAGACCACUUCCGCCAUCAUCUCAUCUGCUUCCGCUUGCCUCGUUCGCUCGCAAUUUUGGGCGUCGCGUCAGGUUGUUUGCCACGCUCAGCCGUAG